AUGCUAUCCACAACAAUACGGAACAGAAUACACAAAAUAAUCUCGGGCAACAAGCUCAUCCUCGAAAAUGAAGAUAACCAAACGAACCUGAAAAACGUUGUGAACAACUGCACGCUGAUAGAGAAUGCCCUGCGUAGAGAAUUCUUGGAGUACAGACGGCUCCCCAGGAACAAACUAAACGCCCUCAUUGUCGACGUUCUGAAGAAAACGUUUGAAGGGGAUGGUUUUCCCAAGGGGGGAGGUAUUUCUGGGAAAGGGUUCCAGGGAAGUUGCGAUGCGGGGGAGCAACACGGUCAUCACGACUAUCACAAUCAUAACAGUCAUCACGAUGAUAAGUGGCAGCCCGGCGAGCCAGACGAACUGCCAAUCCCCAACAAGGGGAAAAAAAAAAAAAAAAGGGAUGAACAACUGUCCCAAGAUGGAAGUAAAAAAGUCAAGAAUGCCUCAUUAAAAAUGGGAGAGAGCAAGACAAAUGAAAAGGUGAAAAAGAAAAAAAAUUUAGAUUUCACCUCACCAAAGGAGAAGGAAAAGUCCCAAAAGGACACUGUGAAGGAACAGAGUUACCUAGCACAUAAUCUCCUGAAGGACGUUAAAAAAAACAUCGAAGCGGAUAAUACCAAUUUAGCAAACUAUAAGGGAAUAAAAAAUAUCAAAAAGGACAUUUUUUACAGUAUAAUUUACCCCCAUAAAUUUAGGGAGGGUAAUUUCAGCACAAUUAUUAAUAUUAGCGGUAUUAGUGGGUCAGGAAAAACCACAUUAUCGUACGCCAUAGCGGGAGAAUGUGACUGUCCAUUUUUUUACUUGAAGCUGCCAGAAUAUGUAAAAUAUAUUUCUAAUGAUAGUAAAAAUAAUAAGUUAAAGUUAAUUUUUGAGCAAAUAAAGAAUGAGUAUAAUGACGCCAUCCUCUGCAUAGACGAUAUAGAUGUUAUCCUUUCGUCGAAGGAUGAUUCAACGGAUCUGUAUCUUUUCACAUAUCUGCUGAGCCUCUUUGACAACUCAAAUGUUAUUGUACUUUUGCUAAGUGUGAGCAAACCGUAUGACAGUGUACUAUACACAAAAAUUAAAAAAUUUAUAUCCAUACCUAUACCUACGUAUGAGGAUAGAGUGGAAAUUCUCGAAUUCAUGGCGGAAGAGUUUUCCCUCACAUUUGAUGCAAAAUAUGCAGCAGCUUUAACGUAUGGCUUUCAUCGGGGCCACCUCUACGAUAUUGCAAACGAGUCAAUGAAUCUGUGCAUAUAUGACCAAGUGCACGGGGGAAAUUUGAUCAGGAUAAGGAGCGAAAUGGACGUACCAUCGAUUGAGAGGGACUCCAUUGAGGAGACCAAAUCGGAGGUACUACCUCCGGGGGGUGAGGCAACCCAGGUUACAACUUCACCCCCGAAUGACGCUCCCCAUCCGAACGGAGAAAACAUUUGCGAGGCGAACAACACGGACGUAAGCCCAAACGGAGGUGAAGAGCAAGAGUGUGACUUGAAAAGUGAUACCGCCACAACGUUUUACUCCCAUACACUUACCUCCAAGCAGAGGAACGAAACGAACCUGAAGAGGAAGGAAUGGAGCGGAGAUGCCAGCACGUACAAAGUGAAAAGACCAAAAAUGAGCUGCCGAAAAGUGAAUGAUGAGAUUAUCCAGCAAAGUGUAAGAAAUAUUAAAAAAAAAAUGAUUACAGAGAAUAUAUGUGAAGUGCCAAAUAUCAACUUGGACAAUAUUGGUUCCUUAAAAAAGAUCAAAAAAGUGUUAGAGACGAAAUUCAUCCUACCUGUCAAAUAUGCAAAUAUUUACAAACAUCUAGGGAUAAAUAAAAGCAUGGGGAUAUUACUCUAUGGCCCACCAGGAUGUGGAAAAACGAUGCUUGCAAAAGCAAUAAGUAAUGAAAUGAAGGCGAAUUUUAUAGCUAUAAAAGGACCCGAAAUUUUGAAUAAAUAUGUAGGGGAAAGUGAAAAAAAAGUGAGAGAAAUAUUUUCUUACGCAUCUAUUUACAAGCCUUGUCUCAUCUUUUUCGACGAAAUUGACAGUAUUUGCAUUAACAGGGCAAACAACAAAGCUGCAGCUGCAUCGGAUCGAAUUGUAAACCAACUGCUCACCGAAAUGGAUGGCCUCUCCCAAAGGGAAAGUGUCUACAUCAUUGCUACGACGAAUAGACCAGAUAUUAUCGACAAGGCUUUGCUAAGAAGUGGGAGAUUUGAUCAACUCAUUUACAUUUCUUUACCAAAAUAUCAAGGACGAAUUGAUAUUUUGAGAAAGCUAUCCAAAAAUAUGCCCCUCCAUGAGGAUGUAGAUUUUGCCAAAAUUUCUCGCUUGACUAAGGGUUAUAGUGGGGCUGACUUGUAUGGAGUUCUGAGAGAAAGUGCUUUCAUCGCUCUCCAGGAGUGUCGAGAUAAAAUUGAUCUGUGCAACUCGGGUUUGUCUAGCCGUGGUGAUGAAACACAGCACUUCCGCGAAGCAGAUGCUUCUUGCAAUUAUACAUCCAAUGAACAACCCCCCUUUGUUAAACGGGAAAAUGGGGACACUGUUACAGAUGCUGGAAGUAGCAAUCGUACGGCAGGCCCCUUCGAUGGAGGCACAAAAGGGCCCAGUCAGUGUGCCGUGGCAACUAUUGAUCAAAGCGACGCGGGGGAAUGCACCCAAAAGGGGAACAUCUACAUGGAUGCUCAUUUGUGUUCCCCACGUGAUGAUGAUAACCUUUCCAUGCAAAAUAAUCACACGUACAAAAUUAACAAUUUAAAAAACAAAGCCAUAAGUGAGAAGGACAAAAAUAACUUAAUUUAUGAGUUCAUUCAAAGGAAUAAAAACAUACUUACAAUUAGCCACAAGCAUAUUGUGAUGGCGAUCAAGAUGGUCCCACGCAGCGUUACCAGUAAGCAGAUGAAAUAUUACAAAGAAAUAAGUAAGAAGUUCAAGUGA